AUGCUCUCCUCAGCUGGACAUUUCACCCUCGCGCUUCUCCUCUUCUCUCUAGCCCCCACUCAGGCACUCGUCCAGCCCGACCUCCGCCAUCGGUCGAUAUAUCAAGUCCUGACGGACCGCUUUGCCCGAGCGGACGAUGUCUACGCGCCAUGCGAGCUGGCUCAGAAGCAGUAUUGCGGAGGGAGUUGGAAAGGGAUCGAAAGGAGAUUAGAGUAUAUCCAGGGGAUGGGGUUCGAUACGGUCUGGAUAAGUCCGAUCGUGGCGCAGAUGGAUCAUACGCCGGGGCACGAUGCGCCAUAUCAUGGCUACUGGACUGGGGAUAUGUAUAAGCUGAACACUCAUUUCGGCACGAUGAGAGAUCUGCUGGACCUAUCUGCGGCGCUGCACGAGCGAGGCAUGUACCUCAUGGUCGAUGUGGUCGCCAAUCAUGUCGGUACCGAGUCUGAAGCGAGCUUCUUCCCCGGACCACACUAUGGACCGUUCACGAGUCCCGAGGACUUUCACCCCAGAUGCUAUCCUACAGACUGGGAGAACCAGCUGGAAGUCGAAAGAUGCUGGCUAGCCGCACAGAUGCCUGACCUGAAUACCGAGUCCCCAAAGGUCGUUCAGCAGCUUCACGCAUGGGUCAACACCAUGGUCAACCACUUUCACAUCGAUUUCUUGCGGGUCGAUACCGUCAAGCAUAUCAGGAAAGACUUUUGGCCAGACUUUGUCGCUGCGGCGGGUGUGCCAGCGAUGGGCGAGGUUCUGCAUGGAGACCCCGCCUACCUCGCGCCGUAUCAGCAACAGUCGAUGGCGUCUCUGCUAGACUUUGCGACCUUCUUCCACCUGCGACGGGCGUUCCAAACCACGUCGGGAAACAUAGGAGAUCUGGUAGAUAUGGUUGGCAAGAUACAUAAGCUGCUCCCAUCGCCAGCGUUGUUGGGAUCUUUCCUCGACAACCAUGACUUUCCUAGAUUAGCUGGACUAGCUGGCGAUCCAGCCCUAGUCAAAAACGCGAUAGUGUAUCCGUUUGUGACCGACGGGUUCCCUAUUGUGUACAGCGGUCAAGAGCACAGCAUGACGGGCGGGGAGGACCCCUACAAUCGCGAAGCUAUCUGGCAGCACGGCUUUGACACGCAGACGGAGCUGUACAGCCUGUACCGCCGCCUCAACACCGCCCGCCGCACCGCAUCCUCCCGACACCCAACCUAUCUCUCCACCCUGAUGCGUGCCGCCCGCCUCAACCCGCACGCCAUGGUCAUUACAAAGUCCCCCCUCGUCUCCAUUCUGACAAACUACGGCUCCCGCGCCGCACCUGUCGUCCUCCAAAUAUCGCCCGCGCAGACGGGCUAUCGACCCCUCAUUCCCGUCAUCGACAUCAUCUCGGGCCACGUGUUCGCCACGGACUCAAAGGGCGGAUUGACUGUUCCGAUCAUCGCGGGCCAGCCGAGGGUGUUCCUUCCGCUCUCACUGCACAGGGGGCUGGAAGGGGAGUGGGCGGGGAGACCGGCAAUGGGGCGGAUAGAUACGGAUAUCAAGACGCCGAGUGGGUCGCCAGGGUCGCCUGGAAGGGAGGGGAGACAUGCGAAGUCGCCCAGCUUUGGGAGGGUGAUGAGCUGGUUGGGGAUGAACAAGGGGAGUUAA